CGUCCCCCCGACCCUCUUUUCUCUUUACACCCCUCUCCGCCUGUCUGCGCCUGUCCCCUCUCCCCUCGCCAUUCCAUUCCUCCGCCCCCACCGCCAUUCGCCGAUUCCGGCCGCCGCCUAGGGUUUCUCGCCGGGCCUAGUCGGUGUUUCCCUGGACCGCGUCCUGCUCCCGCCGGCGGCACGCGGCGUCCGGAGCAGGAGGAAGAGGCGGAGGAGGUCGGUCUGUGAGGCCGAGGUGGUGCUGGUGGCGGUGGCGGCGGAGUGGGCUGUCGGCGGGCGAGGUUUCGCGGAGGCGGAGGCUGUGUAUCGGGGGUUGAUGGUGAGAUAGGAGGGCCGUGCGGUUGCGGUGUUGGAGUGGCUGCGGCGGCGGCGGCGAGGCGGCUUAUAGGUGGCAGACAUGUAUUUCACCAGGCUCGAUGACUCGCCCAUGUUCAGGAAGCAGAUGCAAUCACUUGAAGAAGGUGCUGACUUGCUGAGAGAGAGAUGCUUGAAGUAUCACAAAGGUUGCCGUAAAUACACUGAAGGGCUAGGCGAAGCAUAUGAUGGAGAUAUUGCGUUUGCAAGUUCACUAGAAGCAUUUGGAGGUGGUCACAAUGAUCCAAUCAGUGUUGCCUUUGGAGGACCCGUGAUGACCAAAUUUACAAUUGCCUUGAGAGAAAUUGGAACAUACAAGGAAGUUUUGCGCUCCCAGGUUGAACAUAUGCUAAAUGACAAGCUGCUGCAGUUUGUGGACAUGGAUUUGCAUGAUGUGAAGGAUGCCCGAAAGCGUUUUGACAAGGCUAGCCUUCUGUACGACCAGGCUCGUGAGAGGUAUUUAUCCUUGAAGAAAGGAACAAGGACAGACAUAGCAACUGCAGUUGAGGAUGAGCUUCACAGCGCCAGAUCUUCAUUUGAGCAAGCUCGUUUCAACCUGGUGACUGCGCUUUCAAACAUUGAGGCUAAGAAAAGAUUUGAAUUUUUGGAGGCUGUUAGUGGGACAAUGGAUGCACAUCUUCGUUAUUUCAAACAAGGAUAUGAAUUACUCCAUCAGAUGGAACCGUAUAUCAAUCAAGUUCUUGCUUAUGCACAGCAAUCAAGAGAAAGGUCCAACUACGAGCAAGCUGCUCUUGUAGAGAGGAUGCAAGAGUUCAAAAGGCAGAUUGACCGGGAAAGUCGGUGGUCGCCAAACGGGAUGACUGAUUCCCCUAAUGGUGAUGGAAUACAAGCAAUUGGUCGAAGUUCACAUAAGAUGAUUGAAGCCGUCAUGCAAUCAGCUUCAAAGGGAAAGGUUCAGACUAUUCGGCAAGGCUAUCUCUCAAAGCGUUCUUCGAAUUUGAGAGGCGACUGGAAAAGGAGGUUCUUUGUCCUUGAUAAUCGAGGAAUGUUGUAUUAUUACCGCAAGCAAAAUAGUAGACCAUCCAGUGGUUAUUCUAACCAACGAAGUAGCACUCCCACUGAGCAUGGCUCUGGGCUGCUUAGCAGAUGGUUCUCAUCUCAUUACCAUGGCGGUGUGCAUGAUGAGAAAUCUGUAGCACGACAUACAGUAAACCUGCUAACAUCAACCAUUAAAGUUGACGCAGAUCAAUCAGAUCUAAGGUUCUGUUUCAGAAUAAUUUCGCCCACAAAAAACUACACACUGCAGGCAGAGAGUGCGAUGGAUCAGAUGGAUUGGAUUGAAAAGAUCACUGGUGUCAUUGCUUCUUUGUUAAGCUCCCAAUCCCCUGAACGGCGUCUACUGUUGAGCCCUAAGGGCAGUGGCCAUCAUCGAACAAACAGCGAAAGUAGUUCUUUCAGUAGCUCAACAGAACUUGACCAUUCCAUGAGUGAAGAUUUUAUGAUGGAAAAGAACUCAGGAAGUGGGUACUUUGAGCACUCCAGAGUCACACAACAUCACCGAACCAGCAUGAGACCUGACAAGCCAAUUGAAUUGCUUAGGAAGGUGGUUGGCAAUGAUGUUUGUGCUGAUUGUGGUGCUGCAGAGCCUGAUUGGGCAUCCCUAAACCUCGGAGUCCUUGUAUGCAUAGAAUGUUCUGGUGUACACCGAAAUCUUGGUGUGCAUAUAUCUAAGGUAAGGUCUCUGACACUUGAUGUCAGGGUGUGGGAGCCAUCUGUAAUCAAUCUCUUCCAGUCUUUAGGCAACACAUUUGCCAACACUAUCUGGGAAGAAAUGUUAACUUCGUCAAGCAGUUUUGAUCAUGGUGAUACUUCGAGAGCUGAUGGAAUUGAAAACACACCAGAUAACUUGGUUGUCCGAAAGCCUAAACAAUCGGAUCCUAUCUCUCUGAAAGAGAAAUUUAUUCAUGCCAAGUAUGCUGAGAAAGAUUUUGUACGAAAGCAUAGUAUGGAUGAGACUCAGCUAGCACAACAGAUGUGGGAUCAUGUAAGUUCAAACAACAAGAUGGAGGUGUACAGUCUGAUAGUGCGAUCGAACGCGGAUGUAAAUCUAACUUAUGGGCAGACAUCAUUCAAUUCGGCCUUGACUCUUGGAAAAGCGCUUCUCUUACAAGAGCAACCGUCUUCGCCGUCAAAUGGUAGCUCUAGAUGCUUUGAUCGCGGUACGGUUGAGAAGAUUUCUCCCAGGAGUUCUCUUUCUCCUGCGAGCACAAGCGCACGGACAGAUGAAUUGGAUGGCUGCGCUGAGGGCUUAUCUCUGCUUCAUCUGGCAUGCCGUGUCGCGGAUAUUGGUAUGGUUGAACUACUCUUGCAGUAUGGGGCCAGUGUGAAUUCCACAGAUUCUAGGGGCCGAACACCGCUUCAUCACAGCAUUUUGAAAGGAAGGCGCGUGCAUGCCAAACUGCUCCUCUCCAGGGGUGCUGAUUCUCAGGCGACAGACCGCGAAGGUAGAACGGCAUUGCAGUACGCCAUUGACAGCGGAACCAUCGACGACGAAGAGAUUCUUGUUUUGUUAGAAGACCCCAGGUAGAUAGAUGAUCCAGUAGCUAGACCUUGGGUCCAGCAGGGUACGGUUGCCGCGCUCUGAUGUGCCUUCUCCUGCUGCUCAACGGGCACAGCUCCAAGCUCGCCUCGCCGAUCCGAUCGGUGACCCUAGCUCGUGUCACAAGAACAGUAUUAUAGCUAGUGUUCCAGGGAGCCAGGGGACCCCUCCCCUGUUCCCCCACCCCGUUCUAGCGUGAGAUACCCCCCUAUCCCUAUGUAUUGUGGUUUUGCCGGGUUUUUGUUUGCAAGCGGAUGAUGGUAGACGACGCUGUAAGUUUGUACAUGGCGCCGGACCCAGAGUGCCCGGCCCGGACCCGAUGAUGAUGUGUGUACAUAGUGA